AUGCACUCCACUCUCCAGAGCAGCGCGGGUGACGUCACCGUGCCGAUAACGGCUUCGAUCGGGCGCGGCAUCGCCGGGGCAUCUGUCUCCCGAGCUUUGGCUCGUAGGCAACCCCAGUCAGCUUUGGGGCGUCGCGCGACCCGCAUGCACGGGGACGGCCGCCGAAUUCCGUUUCCAUGGCAACGGCUCCGGCGAAUG